GGACGACAGCUAAUCCGACGCUGAAGAAGCGGCAGAACAUCUUAAAUUUGUACUCUCCGAACAUCCAUCGACGAGUUAUUCGUGUAUUUCUAUAAUCUUCUCUAUCCAUUGCUGUUUUUCUGAGAUUUCAAUGCCACUAAAUCUAUGAAAACUGGCUUAAAAUUGACUUAGGAAUUUAUUACAGACAAGAUUGAAUGCUGAGGCAUUGUAGGAGAUAGUUUAAAAGAUUGAUGUUUUGAGGGGCUUGUAAGGAAUUCGAUACCAGUGUGAAUUGGAUUUUAGUACUUUGAGUGGAUUGGAUAGGAAUGCACGUACAAAAUUGAGUUCAAGAUGUCGUAGGAACUUAGUGAGUAGAAGUUCAAGUCUGAGGAGUUGUAGGAAUUGGGUGUAAGUUUAAAGUUGAACUGUGAAGAAGGAUGUUGUAGGAAUCCCGUAUGCUCAACUCUGAAUCUGGAAGGCAGGUGCUUUGGGAAUUGGGUAGAAAAAUAUGAAUUUAGAGGGCUUGUUGGAUUUGGGUUUCAGUAAACUUGAAUUUUGAAGGUCUUAGCUUUAGGAAUUAUAGUUAAAGAAGAAAUUCAUUUGGACAGCAGGGGAGAAAUAAAUCUAUACAUUUUACACUUGCAGUGAUAUUAUGGUCCAAGGAAGAUUUUCUGAGGAACUGAGGAGUAACAGGGCUAUUAAGAGAGGAGAUUGUCUCGGGCAUGACGUUUAUUUAGGCGGAAUUGGAUUUGGGUUUACGGAGGAGGGUUUUUCUAGGAGUAAGAAUUUGGAUCCCGCUAUGAAAGCAGAGAUGGAUGACAGUGUUCCUGGAGGUCGCUCUUUAAGUUGCAAGCGACCUAAAUAUCAUCAGCAGCAGCAGUGGAGUCCAGUAACAAGCACUGAAUUCACUCAAUGUCUUUCAUUCAAUCCACUGGCUGAGCCAAGCCCAUUGGGUUUAACACUGAAAAAAACCCCUUCCUUUCUGGACCUCAUUGAAAUGAAGCUUUCCGAAGGUGAUAGGGCAGUUCCUGCAGCUGCAAAUAACCUGCAUCAGGAUGCAUGGGAAAAUAAGGAUGAAAAUACUAUAGCAGUGCAGUCUGCUACGGACAAGCUGAAGGCCUCAAACUUCCCAGCAUCACUUUUGAAAAUUGGUUCAUGGGAGCGUAUCUCAAGAUAUGAAGGUGAUUUAGUGGCAAAGUGCUAUUAUGCCAAACGCAAGCUUGUUUGGGAAGUACUUGAGGGCGGUUUAAAGAGCAAGAUAGAGAUUCAAUGGUCGGAUAUCACUUCUUUGAAGGCUAGCUAUCCAGACAAUAGACCUGGCACUUUAGAGAUUGAAAUUUCCAGGGCUCCGAUGUUCUGCAGGGAGACUAAUCCGCAGCCAAGGAAGCACACCCUCUGGCAGCCUACUUCUGACUUUACAGGAGGGCAAGCAUCUAUAUGCAGAAGACAUAUAUUGCAGUUCAAUCAAGGAAUACUUGAGAAACAUUUUGAGAAGCUUAUACAAUGUGAUCAUCGACUAAACUUGUUAAGUAAGGAAGGAAUCAUGACCAAGGAUUCACCCUAUUUUGAUUCCAGUGAUACGAUAUUUCAAGCUCAGGAGGAACACAAUUGUUACGGGGUCCUACAAGAGCAUAAAUCUCAUUUGAUUCCACAUAUAGAUCAUUUAAAUUACCUGCCACCUUUCUCAAGUCUUUCGGAUAGAGCAACUAUGGUCCCAAUGCUGGUACCAAAAGUUGAAUCUGUUGAAGCAGACAGCAGGGUUUUGGAGGCUGUUCCCCAGGAAAGACCUUCACCGAGCUCAGUAAUGGACCUGUGUGCAAUUGACGAAAGUGGAACCAGUGAUAGUGAUGAUCUACACAUAAAUACAAGACAGUGGGAGCAACUGAGAUUUACGGCACCUUUUGGGGGUUUACAAAAUCAAGGUUCUGGUUCCCUUUCAUCAGUAAUGGACCUGCGUGCAAUUGACGAAAGCGGAACCAGUGAUAGUGAUGAUCUACACAUAAAUACUAGACAGUGGGAGCAACUGAGAUUUAUGGCACCUUUUGGGGGUUUACAAAAUCAAGGUUCUGGUUCCCUUUCAUCAAAAUCCAUGCGCACACUAGCUAAUCAAAUAAGGUCUUGCUUUCCAAAGCAUGAUUGUUCACAUAAUCUGCUUCCAGCUGGAGAAGAUACUUGUCAAGCAAACAAAAAGAUUCUUUAUGAUAUUGCACAACAUUUGCUAAGUGAUUCACUUGUAUCAUUGACUUCUGAUGAUCAAAAGGCUAUGACAAACGUCAAUUCUACGUCUUCUCCAGUCCAGAAAGAUAUCUCUGCAGCAAAUCGAUUUCCCAUUAAUGCUAAAAGUAUUGAAAGCUCACAGGUGGGUUAUGGUUUGGGGAGGCUAGAGAAAGGAGAAGUUGAUGGCAACGUCUGUCAGACAAAUGAUGAUACAACCAUUGCACUUUUGAAUAGGGGCAUCAGAACUGGUUCUCAUUCAAAUCGAAUUGAUGAUGGCCAUAUGUAUUGCCAACAAGCAACAGGGAUAUCCAGGCAGGAGUCACUAGGGGAUUUGUUUGUGAAUGUUCCUGGAGACGCAUCUCUUUCUCCACUUUUUGUUGACUGUUCUGAUGAAAUCAUGGGAAGGGAUGAGCAAUCUGGAGAAAUCAGAUGGAAUCAUUUUAGAUAAAAUAGCCAUUUCGCAUUAUGAUAUAUGUAGUAAUAGAUCAGCGGGGUCAAUGUAUUUGUUCAUCUUGUAGGCCAGAUAUUAGUUUAUAUAAUUGCAGGGUUAAAAAAUUCUCCAGAUGAGUGCCAUCAGCAUCAUGUAGAUAGUUUCAUCACGGGAAUGCCAAAUAUUGCUUUGAGAUUACACAAAAUAAAUGCAUGGUCUGAAAAUUUUCCAUUGA